AUGGCACUGCUUCUUCAGGGCCUUCAAGGCCUGCUCCUUCUCUUCACUCUGCUUGUCCUUGGGCGCCCGUCACAUGCCGCGCGGCCGGCGGGGGCCGGGGCCGGGGCGAGCAGCGCGCGGCCGGCGGCGCAAGGUGAGCUCUUUCAGAGCCACGGCGACCGUGGCGUGCUUGGCACGGAGUUUGACGAGACUCGGUCGUCGGCGGAGGGAAGUCCGGUCGAGGAGACUUUGCUUUCCCGGGAUCACGGCUGUGCCGAGGCGAUGACUUCUUUGAAGAAGGAGGCGUGCUCAGUGAGCGUCUUUGUGACCAUGGCUUCCACCGUAGCAAGUUCCUUGGACUGCGAGUUCCUGCGAACGAACAACUUGCUGCGAAUCUUCGCCAAGCUCUUCCAACGGGCAGAUGCCGCUGAGCUCAGCAGCAGACGGGAGGAGCCGAAGAAGCUUUCAGAGCUGAGCAUCUGCAAGACGGAGGACUGCCGACCUGGUGAGGCCGAAAGCAACAGCUGCUCUGGCAUCCGGUUUACCAGCUACAACGGCAAGAGGAUCCUGAUGAUGCCGCCGGCAAUAGCCGACUCGGACGACGAGCGCGCGGAGCGGGGCCUCAGCUUUGCCAUGCUGGGAGGUGGCGUGGACGACUUCUCAAACAGCGAGAAGGUUAUCUUUACACCAGGCUUCCACACACGCCUGCAAUACUUCGGCUACGACCCCAAAAUCGUCAUGCACCUCUGGACCAGUGACUCCGGCGAAGAUGGCGAAGACGGAGCUGCCGCCGCCCCAAGGACCUGGGCCUGUAUCGACCGACCGCACGCCAAUCUCCUUGACCCCACGAUCCGCAAGAGCGUCUUCAACGGGACGCUGCCCGGCAGCGAGCCUGCCCCGUUGCACUGGAUGCCCGCCGCCAAGAGCCGAGUCACUGGGGAUCUCAUCUCCGAGGUCUCCGCGGUGGCCUUCAAAACGGAUCCGGAGAAAGCGGAGGCUCCGCCGGUCCCCAUGGGGACGGUGACCAUGACCGUCAACAUGACCUACGCCGGCGAAGUCUUGAGCAGGCUUCGGCUUAGUCCCAAUUUCUACUCCAUGGUUGCAGAUGCCGGCGGCCAGGUGGUGGCCAUGAGCCAGGGGGCACGAGACAUCGUUUUCAGAGCCGGCUUCAGUGAAGAAGAACUCCGGAAUCCGUCCGGACAGCCGGCCUGCGGCGCGAAGCGACGGAGGGACUGCUGGUGGGCGCCGCCAGCGCCGCUCUCGCUCAAAAACGCAACGGACCCGAAGUUCAGCGGCAUCGACUUCGAGAGCGUUCUCGCGACGGUCUUCAACGCCUCCAUGAAAAACGAGCACCUUUGUUCCAUGGGAGUGAGGACUCGGACCCUUCACGUUCCGAAGGGUGCUGACCACUUGGCCGUCUUCUGCAGGCUGAUGGCCAAUCCAGAGUCGCUGGGUUGCAGCUUCAGCACUUCGGCCUGGCAUGCACGGCAUCUCCGUCCAUUCUCCGAUGUUCAAGUUGUCGUGCCUUGGUACAUCUGCGAAGAAGUUUGUCAGCGCUUUUGA